AUGCAGUGGGUUUGUGGUGCUAUAUUUCUCUUGGCAUUGACUACAACGACGGCGGAGAAUAUUACCACAGCGGCUACAGAUAUAAGCACAGCUACAACAAAUCAGCUAACAACAGUAACAGGAGCAAAUACCACGUCUGCAUCCACAGCUGCCUCCACAUCAACAACAAGUAACAUCGCAAACGCGUCGUCUGAAGUUACAACAACUGCUGCUACCACACCAACAGGUGCAUAUGUAACGUCUGAAGUAAUCACCUCGGCGGUAACAACAUCAUUAACGGCGGGAGCCUCGGAAGAUACCAGUACAAUUGACACUAUUUCAACAAGUGAAUUUGUAACGACAUUGAAUGUCACGUCUGAAACAACUUCUACACCUACUGUAUCCUCAACUUUUAUCGAGAAUGCGUCCCAAGAAUCAGAAGUUGUAAAUUUGUCUACUUACGCAACUUGGCCCAACACAACUAGAGUUGCAACAACAACUAUUGAAACAUCGGGAAAUGAUGUUGGAAUGUCUACAACUAACGAAGCGGCAACGCAGGAGAACUUUCCCGGGACACAGAUAACCACUAUGGCAUCAGCAGUUUUCGAAUUGCAGCAAAAUACAACUACAAUGUCAAGUGGAUCAAACGAAACAAUUGCAACUGCUGCUACCACACCAACAGGUGCAUAUGUAACGUCUGAAGUAAUCACCUCGACGGCAACAUCAUCAUUCGCGGCGACCGCCUCAGAAGAUACCAGUACAAUAGACACUAUUUCAACAAGUGAAUUUGUAACGACAUUGAAUGGCGCGUCUGAAACAACUGCUGCACCUACUGCAUCCUCAACUAUUAUCGCGAAUGCGUCUCAAGAAUCAGAAAUUGUGAAUUCGUCUACUUACGCAACUUGGUCCAACACAAGUAGCGUUGCACAAUCAGCUACUGAAUCAGCAACCUCUGAUACUCAAUCAAAUGUGUCAAUGACAACAGUCGCAACAACAACUAUUGAGACAUCAGGAAACGAUGUUGGAAUGUCUACAAGUAUUGAAGCGGCAACGCAGGCGAACUUUCCCGGGACACAGAUAACCACCAUGGCAUCAGCAGUUUUUGAAUUGCAACAAAAUACAACUACAAUGUCAAGUGGUUCAAACGAAACAAUUGCAACAACUGCUGCUUCCACACCAACAAGUGCAUAUGUAACGUCUGAAGUAAUCACCUCGACGACAACCUCAUCAUUCGCGGCGACCGCCUCAGAAGAUACCAGUACAAUAGACACUAUUUCAACAAGUGAAGUUGUAACGACAUUGAAUGGCGCGUCUGAAACAACUGCUGCAUCUACUGCAUCCUCAACUAUUAUCGCGAAUGCGUCUCAAGGUGAGAAGAAUCCGAAGUUGUAA